AUGUCGAAUGCCAACCCCAAUGACAACAACAACGAGCAGCCCCCAGCCGCCAAGAGGCAGCGAUUGUCAGAUGUUGCAAGUAAAGAUGAAAGUACUUUGAAUGAGAUUUCGACUACUAUGGACAGCAGUGAGGGUGAGGUCGGCGGGUCCUCGGGUGGUGGCGUCUCCGAUCUUCGUGAGCGACUGCAUAACAUACUGGUGUGCGUUGUGUGCCGCGAGGUUCCACAACCACACGACUUCUAUCAGUGCAGCCAUGGGCAUAUCAUGUGUGAGGACUGCAAGACCGCCGUUCUGGCUGUUGCCAUCUUCAAUAAAACGCGUGCCUGCUGCCCAAGUUGUCGAUCGCUCAUUAGAAACUACGAUCAGGAGCAGAAUCUAGUGGUGCGCCAGACCCUCUGGGAGCUACCCAUCAGCUGCCCCAGCUGCAAUGACCAGUUCUCAGAUAGGAAAGAUCUCUCCAGACACUUGGAGUUCGUUUGUGAGGGGCGUGUGGUUUGCUGGAAGUACCACUGCGUGGGCUGUUCUUGGAAGGGCUCCUACAAGGACAGCGUCUCACAUGAUUCCGACUGUGGGUUUCCCCAGAAGCAGGGAAAGGAGAUCCUAGAUAUUCUGCUGCAUGUCGAAGACAGGGAGCUUGAGGCCCAAAAGCCCGUGUUGCAGCUCCAUCGGGUGCUGAGUGCUAGCCGGGUGGAAUUUUUCACCUUGAGAAUGAAGUGGAUACACCGCUCAGAGGGUUUUGGAGAACCAGAACUCGUCUGCAGCAUACCUCUGAUGAUCUCUUAUCCCGAUCCCCACAGACGAUUCGUGCCUUUGAGGAGGAUUGGGUGCUGCGUCUACGUCUGA